GACCUUUGGGACAUACGGUCACUCGACGCUCGACUCCAUGCACCACCAUUAGCCCCAUAAAGACAUCAACAUGAAUCAGAUAAUUCUCUUAUUGAGUCUCGCCUCAUUCGGCAUGGUGUUGGCUGGCCAUCUCGACGAGGACCAUGGUGGUUCAACGUACGAAGAGAAAACAAAGACCAUAGAAAUACCGAUUAUUAAGAAAUAUGCUAUACCUAUUCCACACCCUGUACCUGUCGAGGUGCCUAAGGAGAUCAAAAUACCGGUGCCUCAACCCUAUAAGGUACCGAUCGAGAUUCCUCAUCCUUAUCCAGUCGAAGUCAUCAAGCACGUCGAAAUACCCAUUGAAAAACCCGAGCCUGUCGUCGUCGAAAAGCAUGUUCCUUACAUAGUGGAAAAACCGUACCCCGUCUAUGUGGAAAAGAAAUUCCCUGUGCCAGUGGCGAAACCAUAUCCCGUCCACGUGCCGAUUUACAAGCACGUGAUCCAUUAUACGUCUAAGGGCAAAGGGUGCGCGAGCUCACCAGUUAUGAAGCUGUUUGUGUUAGCCACCAUGGUGGCCGUGGUAUGGGCCUCCCUCGAGGAGGAGCACGGCGGAACUACCUAUCACGAGACGUCGAAACCGGUGGAGAUACCGAUCUACAAGAAAUACGCGAUACCGAUCCCGCACCCGGUGCCAGUCCCGGUCCCUCAGCAAAUUAAGAUUCCAAUACCGCAGCCCUAUCAGGUCCCCAUUGCAGUCCCACAUCCAGUCCCCGUAGAAGUCGUUAAGCACAUCGAGAUUCCGGUGGAGAAGCCGGAGCCGUACGUUGUGGAGAAAAAGAUCCCGUACGUCGUUGAGAAGCCAUAUCCAGUAACGGUAGAAAAGCACUUUCCAGUACCGAUACCUAAACCAUAUCCAGUUCACGUGCCAGUAUACAAGCACGUUUUUCACCAUCAGAGCUCAGGACAUGGCUGGAAGCAUUAA